CCGUAGUACGGGGGCCAGUCUGGUUGCCGCGGCUACGGCGCGCGCUACCUUCUACGUUUCAUUUCUGGAAUACGCCGCGAAAAGCGAUGUUCCCAGACGCGUGAUCGCAUGAUUAUCGCUACUUAACAGUGACAGCUCAAGUGAUUAAUAUUAACAAUAAAACAGGUGAACUUUGUUUAUGUUUAAUUGUUUACAAGUAUGUCGAACGUGCCUGUUACGUAUGCGAUUUCUUUAAUACAAAUCUUAGUCCCUAGGGGCUAAAGUUUCGGCCUAUAUUACGAUUAUUUAUCAACUUUUUGCACGUAAUGGCUGGGAUUUUUUUUAUGAUAUAAUUAACGAGGCUUUAUUCGUGUUGGCGUAAUGGUGAAUGGGAGUUAACGGGUUCCGCGUGGACGAAGCUGCGGAAUUUACAAGCGAGAAAACAAGUUCCAGGAUCCGAUUAUUCGGUCGGUGCACUUUGGAAAAUAUUGCUCAGAUGUUCCGUUGUUGAACAACAAGGAGGAAAUUUGCGGUUUCACCUGCGCUGAAUUCGAUAUCUCCCUCCCGCAGUGGUGGUGUGAUGGAAGUGCUUAGGUGAGGGCGCGCGACGGGCGGCGCGCCUCGCUUGCGCCCGCCCAUGGCUCCCGCUUACAGACUUAGAUGGAUGAUGCAGUGUCUGGUGGCGGUAGCGAUGAUGGGCACCCUCUGUGAAGCAGGACACAUAGCACUUGCCCCGUCACUGGCGCCACCUUGUCCGACGCACUGCAUCUGCCUCUCACAAUCACAGGUGGUAUGCAACAGUGCGACACUGCGCGGUGUGCCUUCAGCGUUGAGUCCUAGUGUCACACAGUUGUCACUCUCACGUGCAGAUCUGCGGGUUCUGCGUUCGGACGCGUUUGCACAUUUGCGACAAUUGCGGCGGCUUGCACUUGACGCUUGCAACCUAACACGUAUACGGCCCUUCGCCUUUCGUGGUUUACCGCGCCUACGAGAACUGUACAUACAACAUACACCUCUCGCCACUGUCGAUGCGUUCGCGUUUGCUGCACUACAGAAUAUCAGCUCCAUUAUUCUUACCCAUAACAGGAUAGCGCAAAUUGAGGGAUAUGCAUUCGCCGGUACCAAUUUUAUUAAACAAAUUUCUCUGAGGAAUAACCCCAUAAAACGCAUAUUGGCCCACGCCUUUUCAGGACUCAAAGAUAUCGUACAAAUAGAACUUCCUUCAGGAAUCAGAUCCAUCGAACCGCUGGCGUUUGCAGGUCUAGAAGGAAUCGGUACUUUGGAGUUAGCUUAUAUGGACCUUCCAGCUGUAUUAUCUGAUACGUUUCGCGGUUUGACUCGUGUCGGACGUCUUGCUUUGCGGGAAUCUGACCUGGGAAUUGUUAGAGUUGGCGCUUUCGAUGGUCUUCAACGUGUUGAGAUACUCGAAAUGUGUAAUAACAAAAUAGAUGCUGUUGAGGAGUUGUCACUAGUGCAAAACAACAGCGUCACAACUUUCAGAUUGACGGGCAACCACAUGUUAGAGACACCAGAAUCAGUGGUGUUAGAAGUGGAGGACAUUGUAAUUCGAGGUAAUCACUUACCAUGUGAGUGCGGACGGGAUCCUCUGGCAAAUCCAUUAGCUCUAACACAGGAAUUUGCAGAGGAAAAUUAUUGCAUAUCGCCAUUAAAAGUGCGUGGGCGUAGUUUGGCAAGUGCAGCGACUGCAGGAGCGGCAUGUCGUGGCGAGUCAGGUGGGAAUGCGCGCGCUCGCGCAGCCGCCGGCGCUGGCGCAGUCCGCCUCGGAGAGGCGCUGGCAAUUCCUCACUUUGCGCUCACAAUGACCGCCUUCGCAGUUUUAGCGAGUAGCUAACCGCCCUCGGUGUUCAAUUAUUAUUGUAUCCAUUUGUAAAUAUUGUAAUAUAUCUAAACAAGUUGAUGCGAAGUUUUACAUUGAAUGGGUCCGUUCAUUGAGUAUACGUUGGACCAUGAA